UAUCACCCAACAGACGACCUCUUGGGGAACACCAUGGCGAGAACCCUGCACGUAGUGCUCUGCGCGCUGAGCCUUUGUGCCAACACCGAAGGAUUCCUCUCAACGUCCUCCUCCUUCACGGGGAGGCCCUCGGCCGUAGGCGCAACAGCAGGAGCAGCAGCGGGGUCUAGGGCGCAAAUUGCGAGGAGACCGCAGCGAGUAUCAGCAUCAGAUGCGGCCAGUGUGGUGGCGAGGGGAGCGUCGUCUUCGGCUGCCGUGAGCGCGGGGGGGUUGUGCAUGUCCGAAGGGUCGGCAAAGACGAUUGUUGUGCUGGGAGGUGAUGGGUUCUGCGGCUGGCCGACGUGCUUGCACCUCUCGGAUGCUGGGCACGACGUCAUCAUGGUGGACAACCUGUCGAGGAGGAGGAUCGACCUCGAGCUAGGCUGCGAGUCCCUGACGCCAAUUCAGAGCCCACAGACUCGAGUCAAGACCUGGAAGGAGGUGACAGGGCGCGAGAUUAAGUACGUGAACAUCGACGUCGCCAAGGAGUACGAGCUGCUGCUCAAGCUCUUCAAGGAGCACAAGCCCGACACGGUGAUCCACUUCGCGGAGCAGAGGGCCGCGCCGUACUCGCAGAAGGGCUCGAGGGAGAAGCGGUACACGGUCGACAACAACACCGUGGGGACGCACAACAUGCUGGUGGCCAUCGUGGAGUCGGGCCUCGACAUCCACGUCUGUCACCUGGGGACCAUGGGGGUGUACGGGUACGGCAACAGCGGGGGCGAGAUUCCGGAGGGGUACAUUGACGUGACCUUGCCGGGCAACCGUCAGCAGAAGAUCUUGCACCCGGCGUACCCGGGGUCGGUUUAUCACACCACCAAGUGCUUGGACGCGCUGCUGUUCCAGUUCUACGCCAAGAACGACGGGCUCAGGCUGACCGACCUGCACCAGGGCAUCGUGUGGGGGACCAACACGCCGCAGACCGUGCGGGACGAGCGUCUGGUCAACCGCUUCGAUUACGACAGCGACUACGGGACUGUCCUCAACCGAUUCCUCAUGCAGGCGGCCCUGGACAUCCCGAUGACGGUGUACGGCACGGGAGGCCAGACUCGAGGAUUCAUCCACGUCACCGACACGGCCAAGUGUUUGGAGGCGGCGGUAGUCAACCCCCCGGGAGCAAACGGCCCCGUCGAGAUCUUCAACCAGGUGGCGGAAACCCACCGCGUGCGAGACCUCGCCCAGAUGAUCGCCGACAAGACGGGCACCAAGAUCGACUUCAUCUCCAACCCUCGCAACGAGGCUGCGGAGAACGAGCUGGAGGUUAAGAACGACAAGUUCGGGAACCUGGGUGUAGACUUCAAGAGCCUCGACGGGACGCUGCUGGAAGAGGUGAGGGACAUCGCGCAGAAGUACCGUGACAGGGCGGACCUGGAGCUGGUGUACCCCACUUCCUACUGGAACAAGAACCGGGUCAAGGCGGCCGCGGACGGGGAGGUGAAUGGGGCGCCGGAGCCGACACGCCUCUUCGUGGAUGUCAAGACGGGCGCACAAUAACAACAACAACUUCUUUUUCCUUUUGUUAGUUUUUGGGUUAGGCGAUGGGGAGGGAGGGGAUUUUUUUUGGUGUUUUUAGGUGGGAGUAGUUUUUGGCCGGAGUUUUUUAUGUAUGCCGGGCAAGGGGGCUGAUUUUUUUUGGGGGGGGUUGAGCGAAGGAGCAGGGCAAACGGUCACCGUGGUACGGGAAUACCGCGGCAAGUUUCAUCCCGUGAGCUGGUUGGCCAUGUCUCGCAGCGGAAUGCGGUGUGGGUUCCGUUUGAUUCUAUGCAUACCCCGCCCAAAGCCAUGCCACAUGAAGGACAAGAAUGGCCGGCGGAGAGGGGUAGUGUGGGUAGAGGUGAUUUACCGCCUGUUUUGGUCGAUUUGCUUUUUUUUUGUCUGCUGUAAAAGGGAUGCCACGAAAUCCUCGUUAGUUCAAAAUGUGAUUAACCUUAGGAAACCUGGCCGUUGUACCUGAACAUGAACAACCAAACAUGGGGUAGAGGACCACGACUACGGCGUGCGUUUUGUCGCUUGACUCCUCGUCAGCGACACGGAAUUGGUGCCGCGUGGAAUGUUCGACCUCAACACAGCAGUGGCGUGCAGCACACAUCCAUGCUGUGGUGUUUGCGAGCAUGUCCAUGGUCAAACGGUCCCCGUUGUGCGACACAUACGUUGGUACUUACCUUCAUCGAAGGCCUGCGGCGAGGUGGAUACGAUAUUAACGUGGAAUACAACAGAGAUCGCCCGGGUCGCGGAUGAUGAACAUUUACCCGUUGGUUCAUGGAUCAUGUACCAACCUUCCGCUCUUUCAUAAUGCUGUCGACAUAUUGGUAGGGACUGUUACAGCACGGCCACACGUCUUCAAAGCACGCCCGCUGGCCAAUUGGCAUGAACACGUGUCCUGCGGCGAGGUGGAUAUAGGGUACGUUAAUGCCGCGGUUCAGGUUUUGGUGGUGUGGUGGUUCUGGU